AUGGCAAUCGUCGAGUUGGCGGAGAUGAUCACGCUCCAACUACCACCCAAAGACAUCGUCGCCGUACAGCGCAUCGACAAGCUAUGGGAGAACGUCAGCAAGCGCAUCAUCUCGAGAUCUCCAUACCUCAGCACGGCUUUCUCCACCUCGCCGGCACCUCCGAAGGGAUAUGUCGAGCUUCACAGCAGCGCUGGUAACAUCACCGCAGGGUAUCAUCUCCACUACACUCAAGACAGAACCAGGCAACCUAGCAAAGCAAUCCUGCAGAUCCACCCCGCGAUCAGUCUCCAGACCAGACACGCCGACCAGCUCAAGGAGAUGGUCCUAACCAUCAACCCUUCUCAUCUCCUUUCCUGGGGUGCAGGAUCCUGGCGAAACAUGUUCCUAACCCAACCGCCAAUCUUCUGCUCGGAUGUUCUCUCGUUUGGGAUGGGUGUUGAGCAUCUUUCGGGCGGCUAUAGGCCUGGUGGACGUCACGAUGUAGUCCCUUUCGACGUACCAUUGACUCUGGGGAUUCUACACGCUGUCGCUGUCGAGCUGGCUGGAGGACGUUUGCUGCUAAGAUCGAGAUAUGCGACGGCGCUCAAGAUCACGUUGAGGAACUAUCAGAAUCACCGCCAAGAUUUCAUUGACGAGGGAAGUGACUGGGUUCGUUUGGCGAAGGAAGGAUCGAUGCAAAGUAUCCCAUAUGAAUACUGGGAUUAA